CCAAAGUCAUUUACUUCUGGUCAAAGUUGCCGUCUUCCAAGUUGCUGCAAGUUGGAUUCAAAGUCAACUCCGUCGGCCACUUCUUCUGUUUGUGCAAAGAUCGUCUUCCUCAAUCUUCUUCGCUUUGUCUUCUACCUCCUCCUAAUUCCGAUCUCCAUGGCGACCUUCUUGCCAUGCCUGCUGCUUCCCCUGCUGCUCCUGCUGCCUCCGACGACGACGGCGCAAGAGGACGACGUGCGGUGCCUUCGCGCAGUUAAGGCGUCGCUCGAUGCCGGCGACUCCCUCAGGUGGAACUUCACCAACGCCACCGCGGGCCCGGGAUACGUCUGCAACUUCGUCGGAGUCUCCUGCUGGAACGGCCAAGAGAACCGCGUCUUAGGGCUCAAUCUUAUGAGUAUGUCCCUCGCCGGAUCCAUCCCCUCCGAUCUCCGCUUCUGCGCCGCCGCUAACAACCUCGAUCUCUCUUCCAACGCCCUUUCCGGCCCCAUCCCCUCCCAGAUCUGCUCCUGGCUGCCUUACCUGGUCAGCCUCGACCUGUCGAACAACCAGUUCAACGGCACCAUCCCGCCGGAUCUUUCCCGUUGCCGCUAUCUCAACACCCUCAGCCUCGCCGGCAACCAGCUCCGGGGUGAGAUUCCUCCGUCUCUCGUGCAGCUUUCCAGGCUCAUUCAGCUCGAUCUCUCCGGGAAUCGCCUCUCCGGUCCAAUCCCUGCCUCGCUCGGUGAAAGAUUCGCUUCCUCCUCUUUCAACGGCAACGACGGCCUUUGCGGCCGUCCUGUUUCCUCCCGCUGCGGCCGUUCGCGCACGAGGACCAGAAUGAUCAUCAUCGUAGCUGCCGGCGUGUUCGGCGCCGCCGCCUCCCUCUUCCUCGCUUAUCUGAUUUGGCGGUUCUGGUCACCGACUGGAAAACGCGCGGAUCCCAGGGACAGCAGGCGGUGGGCCGAGCGGCUCCGGACGCAUCACCACCGGCUCACGCCGGUCUCCCUGUUCCAGAAUCCCAUCAAGAAGGUCAAGUUCGGCGACCUGCUGUCCGCCACCUCGGAUUUCCACCGGAGCAACAUCAUCACCGCCGGAAGCUCGCGGGCGGGGACCUCCUACAAGGCCGUGCUCCCAGACGGCUCCGCGCUCACCGUAAAGCGGCUAAAUACCUGCACGGUGCCGGAGAAUCAGUUCCGUGAGGAAAUGGGGCGCCUUGGGCAGCUCCGCCACCCCAACCUUGUUCCCCUCCUCGGCUUCUGCCUCAUAGAGGACGAAAGGCUUCUCAUUUACAAGCACAUGCCGAGCGGCGCGCUCGCCUCAGCCCUCGAAUCGGCCGACGCCGCGCUUGACUGGCCGGCGAGGGUCCGGAUAGCGGUCGGCGCUGCGGGCGGCCUCGCCUGGCUCCACCACGGCUUCCGGAUCCCCCUCCUCCUCCAAAACCUGAGCUCGAAGAGCAUCCUCCUCGACGAGGACUACGAGGCGAGGAUCACGGACUUCGGCAUCGCGCGGCUGCUAAGAACGCCGACCUCCGAUGUCCAGAACACAAGCCAAUUCUUGAACGGAGAAUUCGGGGAGUUCGGCUACACCGCGCCGGAGUACGCCACCAACCCGGACCCGACCACCAAGGGCGACGUGUUCGCAUUCGGGGUCAUUCUCAUGGAGCUUGCCACCGGGAAGAAGGCCACCGAACUUGACGCAGCAGGGGAAGGGUCCAAGGGGACUUUACUGGACUGGGUGAAUCUGCUUUCGGCAGACGGCAAGAUCAAAGAGGCAAUCGAUCCUUCCCUUGUCGGUAAGGGAAAGGACGACGAGAUAAUGCAGGUCCUGAAGAUCGCUUCAGCUUGCGUGGCUCCGCAGCCCAAGGAACGGCCUUCCAUGCACAGGGUGUUCGAGAACUUGAAGGCCGUGGGGGAGCCCUACAAUUGCUCGGAGCAGCUGCUCGAUGAAUUCCCUCUGGUUUAUCGAAAAGAUGAAUCGAACAAUUGGAUCUAGUUCGUAAAGCGGCGAUUGGAAGAGGCUGAUCGACAUGUUUAAGCAAAUUGAUUGUUUUUGUAUUACAAUAAGCAUCAUUUAUACAGAAAUUUCUAUUUUAUA